GAAUGCUACUCACACUCGUAUUUAAAAGCUCGUGAAUUUAAAAUAUUGAAGAGGUAAAAAAUUAUUGUAAAUGAUAAAAGAAAAAAAAAACUUUUCUUCUAAAUGACAUGUCAUUUUAAUAUAUUUAAAAUAUAAAAACUUAAUUAGACAAUAAAAAUAACAAUCUUUAAUAUUUCCUCUGUUUGAUUGAAAUUGUGAUCCAAAAUUUAAAAUCUUUACCACUUUUAAUUUGAUUAUUUUUAUUAAUUUUUUUAAUUCAUACCGCAAAGAAAUAUAGUUUUCAUCUAAAUCAAAUGAUAAAAAAAUUAAAUAUAAACGUCAAAUCAUGAUAUAGAAUAAACAUUAAUUUAAUUGUUAGGAGGAAGAAAUAUUCGCCAAGUGCAAAUGUUGUGUUGAAGGCUUCCUGGUAGCACAGAAAAGACAAAUUAACCUCUUUGAUCACUUCUCCAAGAUCGUGUAAUUCACUACGAUAUCAAAUGGUAGAACUACAAAUUAAUUAAUAUAAAUAGUUCAUGGCCCUUUUGCUCUUUCCCCAUAGUGUACCAAAGAGAAAAUCAAAGAUCGAUCUUAAUUACAAGUUAUUUCCAAUGGAGUACUUUCGUCAAACGCUUAUGGGUUUUGUGGAAAUUCUAAUGAAAACCUAUAAAAUCUUCUCAACUAAUGGAAAGCUUAUACCUUUCAUCACCCUUCUCUUCCUUCUCAUCCAAUCCAUCUUUUUCCUUUUGAAUUUCUUCUCCGUCAAACCCCUAGUUAUCCAUUUGGCAAGGAAGCUCAUAAUCAGCUUGUUAUUGGUUGGAGAUAAUCCCACGGCCAAUCAUGCCUCCGAUUUCACCAAACUAGUCACUGUUUUGGAAGCCGAUGCUCAAAUCUUAGUCGGGUUGGAAUGGAUUUUCCUUCUCGUCUCCUCUUUCACUUCCUUAUUCUUUGCAGUUGUCACAAUAUUAGCAUCGUCGGCCACCUAUGCCGGAAAAAGCAUAAAUGUCAAGGAAUUACUUUCUUUGGUUUGGAAGCCAUGGAUAAGAGCUUUCGUCACUGUUUUCUAUAUAACUUUGCUUGAACUAGGUUAUAUUUUCAUGGCUUCCUCAUUUAUGCUCCCAUUUGUGCUGAUUUUGGGAGUUGACCUUGCCAAAUCUUUUUCUUAUAUCAUUAUAUUCGUGUUAGCUUCGAUUUUCUAUUGCUAUUUAUCUGUUGUUUGGAAUCUAGCGCUUGCUGUUUCAGUAAUGGAAGAGAAAUAUAGUGGGAUUGAGGCACUUGGAAAAGCUGGACAACUUGUUAAAGGCCUGAAGCUACAAGGGUUUUUAACGAAUCUUGCGUUUGGAAUACUAUAUUGUGUUGCUUUCCAGGUUAUCAGAAAGAUGAAUGAGAAACAAUCAGAAGCUGUGGGGAUAAGUAUUGCAUUGUUUGCCAUAGAUUUCAUGCUCUUGGUUAAGAUGUUUUUGGUGAUUGCUUACACGGUUUUGUACCAUGAGUGCAAGAAAAGCCAUGGAGAAGAGAUUGAAGUGCAAAAGAGCAUUGAAUAUACCAAAGUGCCGGCUGGUGUACCGCUCAUCAUCCGUGCAGAUUUGCCAUAAUUUUAUAUAAUUUUUUUUCUUUUUAGUUACAGGGAGAAGGGAUAUACCCAGAUUGAAGUUUGAAUCCUAGAUUUGACAUGUAAUGUUAAAACUAUAUAUAUAUAUAUAUAUAUAUGUAUGGU